AUGGCGAAAGAUCUCGUAAUAUUGGCUUAUUCUGGCGGUUUGGAUACCAGCUGCAUUCUAAAAUGGUUAAUCCAGAAAAAUUACGAUGUGGUAUGUUAUAUGGCCGAUGUCGGUCAAAAUGAAGAUUUCAAAAAAGCCAGGGAAAAGGCUUUGGGUAUAGGAGCUAAAGACGUGAUCGUUGAAGAUCUUCGUAAAGAAUUCAUAUCCAACUACAUGUUGCCGGCUGUGCAGAUGGGUCUGGUUUACGAAAAUCGUUAUUAUUUGGGAACCUCUCUAGCGCGACCCUGCAUCUCCGUUGGCUUAGUCAACGCUGCUAAAAAACUAGGAGCCAAGUACAUUUCUCAUGGUGCUACUGGCAAAGGCAAUGAUCAAGUCCGAUUUGAAUUGAGUGUUUAUUCAUUAUGGCCUGAAGGAAAGGUAAUAGCUCCUUGGAGGCUUCCAGAAUUCUUCGAAAGAUUUCAAGGGCGAAUUGACCUUAUUGAAUUCGCAAAACAGGAAAACAUUCCUGUAUCAGCAACUCCUAAAGAACCCUGGUCAACUGAUGAAAACAUUAUGCAUAUUAGUUAUGAAUCUGGCGUCCUAGAAGAUCCUGGUGCAAUACCGCCCAGUGGUAUUUUCAAAAUUACGCGCGACUUGAAGCAGGCUGAAGACUAUCCAAGUGUGAUUGAUAUCAAUUUUGAAAAAGGACUUCCAGUAUCCGUUCGCAUCCCCAGUGGCCAUGAAAAGUCUCUUGUGUUGACUGAUCCCCUAGCCAUAGUACAAACCCUGAACAAGUUGGGUGGUCAACAUGGAGUGGGUCGCAUUGACAUCGUUGAAAACCGAUUCCUUGGUUUGAAGUCCCGAGGAUUAUACGAAACGCCGGCAGGAACAAUCCUCCAUGUGGCCCAUGUCGAUCUGGAGGCCUAUGCUCUCGAUAGAGAAGUGCUGAGAGUAAAAAAAUACUUGCAAGACAAAAUGGCUGAUUUUGUUUACAAUGGAUUUUGGUUUUCUCCUGAAGCCACUUACACGCGAAAAUGUUUGGAAUUGUCACAAGAAACUGUGAACGGAAUGGUCACCGUUCAAAUUUAUAGGGGAAAUGUGACUAUAUUAGCAAGAAAAAGCUCAGCAAGUUUAUACAAUAAGGAUCUCGUAUCAAUGGAUAUUGCUGGAGGAUUCUCACCUGAAGAUAGCACUGGAUUUAUCAAUAUUAACGCUCUUCGUCUAAAAGAAUAUGCCAGAUUUUCUAAACAAUCAAAAUAA